GAACAUCGUCAGGCGCCAUUUUAACCAUCUGCAAGAAACCAACAGCUGAACACUAAACUGUAAAGCACAUUUAGUACGAAAUCUGUGUACACCAUGAAGUGGCAGUACAAAGAAGAACAUCCCUUCGAAAAAAGGCGAGCUGAGGGAGAGAAAAUCAGGAAAAAGUAUCCUGAUCGUGUUCCAGUAAUUGUGGAAAAAGCUCCAAAGGCUCGUGUUGGCGAUCUGGACAAAAAGAAAUAUUUGGUACCUUCUGACCUGACAGUUGGUCAGUUCUACUUCCUGAUUCGCAAACGUAUUCACUUGCGACCAGAAGAUGCUUUAUUCUUCUUUGUCAACAAUGUCAUUCCUCCCACCUCAGCAACAAUGGGUGCCCUAUAUCAGGAACACCAUGAAGAAGACUUUUUCUUGUACAUCGCUUACAGUGAUGAGAGUGUCUAUGGUGCUUAGCUGCCCAAAGGCCACCAUGUCAGCUUCAGUCACCGUCUGCUAGCUGCAACUUCAUUGUGUACAUAGCAUCUCGCCUGAAACUGUGGCUUUUGACAUCUGGCAUUCCCUAUUUUCCACAAAAACAGGAUUGUCACUGAAAUCUGGAAUCCUGUCCUGUACCCAGACAGAAUAUUUUCUCCACUUAGAGCCUCCCUCAGUCCCUUUCCACUUUACACUUAUCUGAACAGAGAAUAAAUAAAUAAAAGAAAGUGAGAGAGAUGCGUAGUAUCAUUGGACGGCAUGGUGUGGAAGAAUGCGUAGAAGAUACGUGCUUUUUUUUUUUUUCUUUCACCUCUUCCUUCAAAGUGAUUAGCAUCAUUUUUCAAGUGGCCAGAAAUUGACAGGAACCGUUUGUCCUUUUGAACAUGUGAGGAAAGUGUUCUGUCUGGGGUGAAAGAAAAGCUUAAAAGGAAAUGCAUCAUAGAGUUGCAUGCCUUGCCGUAAGCCAGUUGUGAUAAUCAUGAUUGAUUUAAAAAUAAAACUUAUGUAAAUAUUCAUCAUGUCUUGCGCCUUAUGUUUCUUAUUUUCCUCUAAAGUUUUUUUUGUUGUAAAUAUGCACUUACUAAGAGAUAUAGUGGUAAAUUUAAUUUUAUUUUAAAUGGCUUCAUAUCUUUCUACUGUCUUGUCCUUCCCCAUCCCCAGUGUAUAUUGCACGAUCUACAAAUAAUCUUUUUUUUGCUUUGCUGCAAAAGGCCAAGCAUUCGACCUCCAAAAAGAAACAAUUUGGCUAAAGAUUUUUUUUUUGGUAUACCAUUAAGAUAUUUUGAUAUAUUGAUAAAUAUGCUUAUAACGAGUUAUUUUUCAUUGGGUAGUAUUUUUCAGGUAAGACAUCAAAGCACUGAGGUAAUUAUUUUUGGAAAAAUCAGUAUCACCAGAUUUUAAGCAAUUCUGAUUGAAGAAGCUUGUAACUGAAGCAAAACUUGCCACUCGUUUUUUGUACACCUUCACAGAAAUGACUUUCUAGGCAGAGUAUUCAUCAGAACUCUUAGUUGAAAAUUGUCUUUGGGUGUAUUGCAUGUAGAUAGGGUUCUGAAUAAAAAGUGCAAAAUGUAUUUCAGUUGCAGAUAAUUCAACUUCCCAACCAAAAAACAAAAAAAUUGUCAAUAAAACUGUGCUUUGUUUUAUAUCAUUUACCUGCAAUUGUUCAUAAUUUUAUAGCAUAAGUUGAAACCAAAUACAAAUUUUUUUGGUUUUGUUAUAUCGCAUGUGUCUGAUAAAGACCUUUUUCUGUAAAUAUUUUUGUUUUCAAAAGUAAAUCAUUAAAGUUUACUUAGAUGUAUUUUUAGUCAGAGAUUGGUGUUGUCUGCUUUGCAAUAUGGGAGGAUAAUACAUGAUUGACCAGGGCUUUGGAAAUAAAAGACUACAUCUUAUU